AUGAAAGAUAACAUUGAGCGCGUAGCAGCGGAUCAGUUGCCGUCGCAUCACCAAGCUCAACGGUGGGAUCUGUCAAAGCGGUUCCAGGAUUUAAUGGACGAUAUCCUACCCAAACUCGCGGUGGUUACGCACAAGGUCAAUACAUACACAGGGACAGACUAUUCUGGCAUUGAAGCUCUGAAGCGGGAGAUCAAGGACCAAGAGAAACUCGUGAAAACCCGCCGCGCCGCGAUCGAAGAAGCCAAGCAAGCCCUCGAUGUCGCUCUUUCUAAGCAGACAUCAGCGCAGAAAGAAGUCGUCGCACUGCUAGAACGCAAACACUCCUGGUCGGAUUCUGAUCUCGAGCGAUAUAUGUCACUGAUCAGAUCCGAACACAUCAACGAUCAGGCCGUACGAGAAGCCAAAGAUUCCAUUGCACAAGCCGAAAAUGCACUAGAAGAGGCGCGAUCCCGGCUGGAAAAGCGUGAACGUGCACAAUACCACGAGGAGCAGAUCUGGAGUGACACCAUCAGACGCAACAGUACAUGGGUGACCUUCGGCCUGAUGGGCCUCAACAUCUUCCUCUUGUUGGCGACAAUGAUAGUGAUUGAGCCUUGGAGGCGGCGUAGGAUGGUGCGCGAGAUCAGAGCCGCUUUGGAGGCCCAAAAGCCUGCUGUUGUGGAACCUUUGACAGCUGCAGCCACACCGAUCGUCGCGCAAGGGGCCGAGGAGGUGGUCGAGAAAUUGAGCGAAUCCGUCAUCAAGAGCCCAGCUUCCGUGGACACUAAUGACACCGCAUCUCCGGUCCAACAAGACCUAAAUGCCUCUUCCGAACAGCCAGCCAAGAUGACUGAAGCACCACCUGUGUUCACAACGCCUUCGCCUGAACCAGCCGAAGUUCCGGGCGUUCAGUCAACAACGCCCUUAAUCACAGAUGAAAAUAAAAUUCUGCUGGAGUCCAUUAGAAUCGAGAACGAGGUUCGAAGUAGGCCCGCAUCUACGCCGGAGUCAUGGCAAGACAAGAUCACAUACAUCGCCACAGAUAUUAUUAGCGAACGUACGAUCUCUAUGCGGAGGAUAGACUACACUGUCGCCAUCCUUCAGGGGGCUGCCGCUGGUGCCGUCAUAACUGCUGCCGUUGUUGCGAUGGUACUUAACAAGUAG